AUGGACCGCAAGUUCGAGGUCGGUGGAGACUACAAGAUCAUGGAUGUGGUCGGAGAAGGCGCGUACGGAGUGGUCUGCUCUGCCGUGCAUCUUCCCACGCAGAGUAAGGUUGCGAUCAAGAAGAUCAGUCCGUUCGACCACUCGAUGUUCUGCCUGCGAACGCUGCGCGAGAUCAAGCUUCUGCGGUGGUUCAAUCACGAGAACAUCAUCUCCAUCCUCGACAUCAUCAAGCCCGCGUCGCUCGAGGGUUUCAGCGAAGUCUACCUCAUUCAGGAGCUCAUGGAGACGGAUUUGCACCGCGUCAUUCGUAGUCAGGAACUCUCGGACGACCACUGCCAAUACUUCCUCUACCAAACGCUGCGAGGGCUGAAGGCGUUGCACUCGGCCGCUGUGCUGCAUCGCGACCUCAAGCCUUCGAACCUGCUUCUCAACGCGAAUUGCGAUCUCAAGAUCUGCGACUUCGGCCUUGCUCGGUCGGCGAUGUCAACCGAGACGGAAGCGGUUGGCUUCAUGACUGAAUACGUCGCAACACGGUGGUACCGCGCGCCAGAGAUCAUGCUCACGUUCAAGGAGUACACCUUCGCUAUCGAUGUCUGGUCGGUCGGGUGCAUCCUCGCCGAGAUGCUAAACGGCAAACCCCUUUUCCCUGGCCGCGACUACCACCACCAGCUCACCCUGAUCCUCGGCGUCCUCGGCACACCUUCGCUCGAAGACUUUUACGCCAUCGGUUCGCAGCGCAGCCGCGACUACCUCCGCGCCCUGCCUUUCCAGAAGAAGAAGCCGCUGCAGUCGCUCUACCCGAACGCCAACCCUCUCGCGAUCGACCUGCUCGACCGCUGCCUGGCGUUCAACCCGAAGAAGCGGAUCAGUGUCGUCGACGCUUUGAGCCACCCGUACCUCGAACCCUAUCACGACCCUCACGACGAGCCGACUGCGCCUGUUCUCCCUCCCGCCUUCUUCGCCUUUGACCAGCAGCAACUCAGUCGCGAGCAGCUCAAGACCCUCAUCUACGAGGAGAUCACGACGCCUCCGCCCCAGCACUAG